UGAUCUAGAGAUAUCUACUUUUUAUCAUGUAGAUAUAUAAAUUGCAAGCAAAUGUAAAGAGACAUUAUGAAAGGAAUCUUUGAAGCAGAUCUACUGUGUGUCGGACGAUAAUUUAUACAAAAAGGAUAUUUGUUGUGUUUUACUUGUGUCGAUUUGUUUGGACACUUUUUAUUAAAGCUGGUGUAUAAAAAGGCAAACUACAAAGGAUCUGAAAUAUUAAGAGAAACGUUAGGUAUAUUUUUCGUAGAGAGCUGGUAUAUCGCGUUGAUUGCCUUAAAUUCUCAAACAUAACAGAUACACUGUCCAAACAAAAUCAGACAAAAGCAAUCUCUAUACAUAGACGCCUACUAAAGAAACUGACGAUGUCUUCGUUUUUGGAUAUGGAAAUCUCUACUUCGAGUAAAUUGAUGUCACCAUGCUUCAGUGAGUUCAAUGACAUCAUCAAAAGAAAAGAAAUUACAUAUGGGCCGUGUAUGUUGUCGGUGUUCAGUAAGACACUGGGAUAUGUACUCAUAGGGACCAUGACAGUCAGUCUUAUACCACAAAUUGUGAAGAUUUUGCGAAAAAGAAGUGCGUCUGGUGUGAGCUUCUUCAGUAUUUUGUUGACACUUGAAGCAUCAUCAGCGACCGUCGCUUAUGCCAUACAAAAGAAAUUUCCGGUUAGUGCCUGGGGCGAGAACCUAGUGUUGAUGCAUAUGAACGUCGUCCUGAUAUGCUUACUCCUGAGAUACAACGACAAACUGAAAACGUCAAUCACAUUCCUCACUAUCUACAUAUUGUUUAUGUUGUUGUUGUUGUGGCCUACAGUUCCGAGCCAGCUAGUAUGGUGUCUUUACCUCCUUAGCAUGCCGGCCAUAGCAGCUAGCAGAGUGAUACAGAUGUAUAAAAACCACAAGACAAAAGAUCCAGGUCAGCUGUCCGCGACGACGGCGUUUUUGUGUAUUUUUCAAGGUUUUGGACGUCUCACAACGUCAAUAGUGACGACAGGAGAUGACGUCAUGAUAUAUACAUUUGCGGUAGUUACGCUGUUAAAUAUUCUUCUCUUUCUACAAGUCAUAUACUUCAGAAGAAAACUGAAGAAAAAUUCUUGAAACUAUAUCUAACAUAAUUUUGUAAUAUAUGGGCUUUCAUUUACAAUAUGCGGAAUACUCUAUAUUUUCAACUGCGAAAAUGUAAAACAGACUUCCGGAUACAAAGCACGUGCAAUAAAGCGCUUUGACAGAACCGUCUAAAAUUGCAUUAGAGGUGUUUUAUGAAGGAUUCCUAGAAUGUUGUCUUUAUUGAACGAAGAUGAACAAAGCAGAUCCAGAUAAUAAAUGUUUAUACUUCAAAGAGAGUUUCAAAAGAAAGACGAGUAUCAUGUAUUGAGUGUCAGUGUGUUCUAUUAGAUAUCAUUUCCGUAUAAUUACGCGUGUCGUUUGACAAACAGAUUUCAAAUAAAUGAUAGAACACCUGCUUCCUGACAUGCUGGUUUAAUUUACGGCUUUGCAAGAUGCAAUGUGUAGGCACUCCUUAAUCAAUACAAAUGUUAGUAAAUCUGAAAAGCACAUUUAAAGUACGGUAGAACUUUGGUAAAUAUUAAGGUAGUGGAGCCGUACCGACAAUCGACAAUUUCCGUAAGUUCCGUAUGCUAAUUCGGCAUUCUCCGUUGUUUUCUUUACGGCAAACCGUCUGCACGUUGAAGAAGAAUGCUGAAUGAACGUUGCAUUGUAAUCGCACAGAAAUUAUAGUGUCAUUUCGGGUGCAUCACCUUAACUGUUUUCUUUGUUUAUUGUGUUUUUAGCAAUGCAACCCAGUACAUUUGUAUAAGAGGAUGACGCUACUUCCUGUUGACUGCUCUGAAGUUAGCAUAUAAUGCUACAUUGUGAUCUAAAUCUGAAAAUAUGUACAUGUAUAUUCUGUUUGUUUGAAGAAUAAUUGGCUUUCAGCUCGUUAUUAAAUGUCUUUGCAUUUCCUGUGAUUGUGAUACAUACAUUAUUGUUCAAGAAUAGUUCUGAAUAGCAUAUAGAUCUAAUUGCUGUUUGAUCCAUGUAUGCCGUGAAAAUUGACUUCUUAUAUUUUUAAUUGUAAGGCAAUAUCAGGAAAAAAAAGAAGUCCCUAAUAAAUAGAUCCUAAUUUUUCCAUUUUUCGCGCAUUUGCGCGUAAAUCGGGGGCCAAAGGGGCAUUAAUCCACUCGUGGAAUGAAUUUUACAUAAAAUAGGAUACGUUUCAUGCUAAUACUCGCAUGUUUUCGAGUUGUUUACUUGAAAACGAAAGUAGGGUGUUUAUUCUGCGGACCGCUCACUGAAAUGCGGCAAUAUGAGGGUACCUGACUUCAGUUGACUUGCAUUUCACUGCAUACUAUUCAACACCCCUUUUUCUUUUCAUUUUCUUGAAGCAAAUGUAUGGAUAUCUUGUGGAAAAUAGGUCUACGACGGAGUGAAAAUCUAGAAACUGUAACAAAAUUGGUCUGAAGUAGCUGAAUUUUAUAUGAAACAAAGAACAAUUUCUUUUAUUGGUAUAUAGCCUUAAACAUUAAAAGUUCCCUAUUACCGCCCUUGGAGUUAUCGACAAUGAUGAAUAUCAACCUCCGCAAACAAGUAUUAAGGGGAAGUAACACUGUGUUGAAAGUUUGAAUGAAUAUAAGAUCAAUGAAAUUGAUGGAUCAAACAGUAAUGUGUGACACUAUUUUAUGUCAUAUCAAGUCUGUCACUUUGUGACAUAAAACCAUCAUAUUUUGAUAUUGAUCAAUAAACAGAGAUUAUUGA